UAUUCGGUCACACUGUAACCAAAGUGUGCUGCGGCGGCAAACAAAUUUCAUUUGUUAUUAAGUUUGAUCAAUAAUUCAGUUGCUUUUGCUCAGUGAACUGUACAAUAUCUGCCGAAUAUAUUCAAAACUCCAUAGAAAACAUGAAAAUCGAAGAAGUAAAAAGUACUGUGCGCACCCAGCGCAUCGCAGCUCACAGCCACGUGAAAGGACUUGGCCUGGAUGAAACCGGCGGCGCACUUCAAAGUGCAGCCGGCCUUGUUGGUCAAAAGGCUGCACGUGAAGCCGCUGGUAUUGUGGUUGAUCUUAUCAAGUCAAAAAAGAUGGCUGGACGCGCCUUGCUCUUAGCUGGCCCACCUGGCACGGGAAAAACGGCCAUCGCCUUGGCCAUUGCCCAGGAGCUGGGCAACAAAGUGCCCUUCUGUCCCAUGGUGGGCUCCGAGGUAUUCAGCAAUGAAAUUAAAAAAACCGAGGUGCUCAUGGAGAACUUCCGUCGCUCGAUUGGUCUCCGUAUUCGCGAAACCAAAGAGGUCUACGAGGGCGAAGUGACCGAAUUGACGCCCGUGGAAACCGAGACAAUGGGUGGCUAUGGCAAGACCAUUAGUAAUGUGGUUGUGGGCCUGAAGACCGCAAAAGGGACCAAGCAACUUAAACUUGAUCCCAGCAUCUUCGAUGCUUUGCAAAAGGAGAAGGUCGAGGUCGGAGACGUCAUCUACAUUGAGGCAAACAGUGGAGCUGUAAAGCGUCAGGGACGCAGCGAUACCUUUGCUACAGAAUUUGACUUGGAGACGGAGGAGUAUGUGCCUUUGCCCAAAGGGGAUGUGCACAAGAAGAAAGAGGUCAUACAAGAUGUGACGCUGCACGACUUGGAUGUGGCCAAUGCUCGCCCACAAGGAGGUCAGGAUGUGCUCUCGAUGAUGGGUCAACUGAUGAAGCCUAAAAAAACAGAAAUUACAGACAAACUGCGUAUGGAGAUCAACAAAGUGGUAAACAAAUACAUUGACCAGGGAAUAGCAGAGCUUGUGCCGGGAGUGCUUUUCAUCGAUGAGAUUCACAUGCUUGAUCUCGAGACCUUCACAUAUCUGCACAAAUCUCUGGAGUCUCCGAUAGCUCCCAUUGUGAUCUUUGCCACCAAUCGUGGUCGCUGUGUUAUCCGUGGCACCACGGAUAUCGUUUCCCCACAUGGCAUUCCUUUGGAUCUGCUUGAUCGCUUGCUCAUCAUUCGCACUCUUCUCUACUCUACCUCGGAUAUGGAGCAGAUCAUUAAGCUGCGCGCCCAGAGAGGACUCCAGUUGGAGGAAAGCGCCUUUUCGCGCCUCAGCGAGAUUGGCACAAGUUCCACUUUGCGUUACGCUGUCCAACUGUUGACGCCUGCACACCAGAUGUGUAAGGUGAAUGGACGUAACCAGAUCACCAAGGAUGACAUCGAGGAUGUGCACUCUCUCUUCUUAGAUGCCAAACGUUCCUCGAAGCACUUGUCUGAAAAAAACAAUAAGUUUAUGUUGUAAACUUCGAUUCCAUAUGUAAAAGUCAAAUUACUUGAAUAAACACUACGAGAUGUCAGUAAAACA